AUGAAACCUACUCCACCUGCACCUGAAGUGGCAUCCAUGAAACGUACCCGGUCUGCAUCUCGAUCCAGUGCCAUGAAGAGGAAGGUGCUUAUGGAUGAUUCGAUGGUCUUGCUUGGCGAUACUAUACGGCAACAGUUAACUAAUACAGAAGAUAUACGUCGCUUACGAAAAAAAGCUCCUUGCACACGCACAGAGAUUUUGAUGAUUCAGAGGCAAUCUUUAGAUGAUGAAAUUUUCAGUGAACCGGUAUUGACUGGUAUGUUGGCAGAGCUGACAUGUUUGCACAGUGAAACAUUUGAUGUGAGCAGAAUUGAGAUUGCUGAAAAUGAAGUGGCAAAGGAUUCUAGUAGACCAACAGUUGCUCAAGAUAAUGAAUUGGAAACAAGCACUGAACCUGUCAUUUGCAGAAAUGAUGUUGAUGGACAAUCUGCUGAGAAUCCCAUUCGGACCGAGAACCAGGAGGGUGAAGAGAAUCAAUUGAGUUCUGAUUUUGUUAAUCAAGGGCAAAUGAAUAAAAUCACUGAUGCUGCUGAUCAUAGAUCUUCAGAACAUGAAACAUUGGGGGAAAUAACUGAAAUGGAAAUUGAUAAAGGGAAUGAAGUUGCAGAUGCAGCAAACCACGCUACCAUUCUGCAGUUUGACGGAUCUCAUGCUGAACAGAUUUCUGGAGAUGCUGGCAGCAUGCUGGAUGUGUCGGCUCUGAUGGAUGGUAAUAUUGGGGUAGAUGGUUCUCUGCAGAUGGAUGCUUCAAUCCUGCCAUCAGAUAUGAUGGAUACUCAACUAUUUGAGGAGGUUGCUUUAAGGGAUAUGAGUGAUGGCAAAACACUUGAUGACAUUGAAGUUUUAGACCAUCAAACAGAUAAUGUUGUUGCAGUUGGAACUGGAGCGAGGGAAGGAGAGGAAAUUUUGUUGGAAGAAAGCAAAGCUGGUGCACCACUGGAAUUCAAAGUAGAUUUUCAGGCUGAUGGUUCUGCACCUGCUGAUGAUGCAGACACGUUGCUUGCAAAUAUAUCUUCAGAAACUGGUGGAUGCAUUAACCUCACUUCUGUAAAUGUUGAUCAAACUCAGGAUGAAGUUGAAAAUGACAAGCUAGGAGGUGGUAAUGAAGAUGGGGGCCUAGCUGUGAUCCCAGGGCAUGUUGACAAGGACCAAGAGUCUAAUCAUUUAUGUAAUGAAGAAUUAAAGAUGGAUUUUACAUAUCCCUUAGCACUAGACGGGGACUUCAAAAAUGCUUCUUUAAAUGAUGGAGAUUAUCCAUUCUGUCAAGAAGCUGAUCAACAGAGAACUGCAGAUGCUGGAAUAACUUAUGUUGACCAUCCUGCUGAUCUUCAAGAUGUUGCAUUUGCAAAUGAUACAGUCAAUUGCAAAGAGCCAUUCUCCUGUUAUGACAGUGAUGCAAACAUGGAGCUCAAGCGAAAAAAUGGUCAGAGAUUUGAGGAAUUCAGAAUUAUGGUUAGAUUUGAUAUAGAGCUUAUUGGACCCUACAGUGUAGAUGAUGAUGAGAUGGGUGAAGAUGAUGAUGAUGGCAUGCCAGGUCCUGAAGAUGCCCGCCUUCUUGACAAUAGUGGCUGGUCUUCCCGCACCAGAGCUGUGGCCAAGUACCUUCAGACUAUAUUUGAUAAUGAAGGUGCAAAUGGAAGGAAGGUCAUUUCAGUGGACAGCCUUCUGGGUGGUAAAACUCGGAAGGAGGCAUCGAGAAUGUUCUUUGAAACUUUGGUUCUUAAAACAAGGGAUUACAUCCAGGUAGAACAGUUGAAGCCCUUUGACAGCAUCAAUGUAAAGGCACGUGCAAAGCUCAUGAAAUCAGACUUCUGA